GAGCGCAAGGCGGCGACGGCACAUGACGAGGCGGGGGCGGCGGCCUCGGAGGCGGCGGCGGCACUGCAGAACGCGCGUGACGAGGCGGCGCGGCAGAGUACGCGCGCAGCGGCGGCGGAGGCCGAGGCGGCCAGCGCGUCGGCGGAGGGCGCCGAGCUCGCAUCUCAGGUUGGCGCGCUGGAGACGCUGCUCGAGACGGAGCGAAGGGAGGGGAGGCGGGCGGUGGAGGCGGCAGCGGCGGCGACAGAGGCGGCAGUGCUCGCCGGCGAUGAGGCAGUGGCGGCCGCAGUCCGCGAGGGCGAGGAGGCGCUCAGACUCGCCGUCAAGCAGGCAGCCGCGACGGCGGAAACAGAGGCGGAGCGAUUGCGCGGCGAGGGCGCUGCGGCACUCGAGGCGGCGGCGGCCGCUUCCUCCGCAGAGGCCGCCGCCGCCGCCGAGGUUGCCGCUGCGUCUUUGCGGGCGGUAGAGGCGGAGCGCGGGGCUGCGGAGGAGGCGCUGCGGGCGGCGCACGCGGCAGCGGACAAGGAGCCGGCCUCGCCACCGCCCGCCUCCUCUAGCCACGCCCUCGUCUUCCCCCCCCCUUCUCAUCCCGCCGCCUUUUGCCCUGCUGUUGUUCUUGCUUCCCUCGCCGCCGCUCCCCUCACCGCCGCUCCCCUCCCCGCAAAGGAGACGGCGCGCCUCGGUGCGGCGCUGGAGGCGUCGCGGGCGGAAGGCACUUCAGUGGCCGCUGAGCGGGAGCUGGCGCGGGCGGACGCGCGGCAGCUGCGCGACGAGCACGCCGCCGCGACGGGACGGCUGGCCGCCGAGUUUCGGGGCGCGCAGGCGCUGCUGCAGGAGCAGCUUGACGCGUCGCGCGGCGAGCUUGACGAGAUGCGGGCGCGGUUCGAGGCGCGCGAGCCGCGGGAGGAGGACGUGCGCGAGAUCGAGGAGCUGCGGCGGCAGGUGCGCGAGAAGGACGAGCUGGUGCGCCGCACCUACGAGGAGAUGAAGUUUUUCAAGCUCGAGCUCAAGAACCGCGAGGAGAACUUCAACCAGCGCUUCGGCGGCGGGCCGCGCGUCGGCGGGGGACUGCCCGAGAUCACCCGAGAUCACCCGAGAUCACCUAGCUCGUCCAAGCUCACCUGA